UAUCUUCUAGUUGAUGGGAUGAUUUUUACUCUUACCUUGUUAGAAUAGGACAAAUGUUAUGACUUGGAUGGGAAGGGUUCAGCUCCCAUAUACAAAGAAACUAGAAAAGCAAGCCAACAAUCUUAUCUUGGGGAUUUAUCCAUAGCAAUUCCUACCCCCACCAUUAUCUCAUUAUUGUCUCCAUUGUCGGAUACAGAUAAGCCAUUUAUUUUAUUAUAAUACCACUAGCCUUUUGUUUAGCCUUAUACCAUCGGCUGGCUUUUUAGCCUUUUGUUUAGGCAAAUACCAUCUCUGGUUUUCUCUCCAACACUUUCCUCUAUAUAAGAAACUCUCAUCCCACCCCCCAUUUCCUUCAACAAAUCAAGUAACAACCAGAAAACAAAAGAUCCCAUUUCCACUUUCUUUUCAAAUUACUCUCAAAAGGGCAUAGAAAAGAAAAACCAUGAGUUCUUCAACAAGAGCUUGGGUAGCAGCAGCUAGCAUUGGAGCUGUUGAGGCAUUGAAAGAUCAAGGUUUUUGUAGAUGGAACCAUGCUCUAAGGUCAAUCCAACAGCAUGCCAAGAACAACAUCAGAUCAUGUUCUCAAGCCAAGAAAAAACUUCCUGCUUCAUCUUCUUCUGCUUUGUGUAAGAAGCUGAGGGAUGAUGAGAAGUUGAAGAAGUCAGAGGAAUCACUUAGAACAGUCAUGUAUCUGAGCUGUUGGGGUCCUAAUUAAACCCCCGUUUAAUCUUUUUUUAUUUUUUGUAUAUAUGUAAUGCCCAUUUUUGCACUAAAUAUUACAUUACUUGAACAAUUAAAAAAAAUUGUUCAAAUGUUGAGUUUGAGAUUAGAAUGGACUUUCUGCAUAUUUUUUUUU